AUGCUGAGAGAAAAGCUGAGGAAGCAUGAGCAGCAGCUCAAGGAGUAUUUCGGAGGGCGGAGAGAAAGGAUGAGUAUCAUGGCUGGGUUGGAGCUGGCGUUGUCUGGAGAGGUUCCAUCACCUCACUUGUCGGCGCGGAUUAAGACGCGGAAGUCCAGAACACAAAUUGCGGAGGUGGCUGUUCCCGGGGGGGUGGUAUCGGGGCCGAAGCAGAUACUAAAAGCGGCGUCUGACUACUUUCGUAGCCUUUUCGGUGAAGAUAAGCGCAAUGCGAUCUCUGACUGGGUACCCGCUGCAGGAAAGAAGCUGAUGUAUUCCGACAUUGAGAUGCUGCAAGAGGAGUGGACGGAGAAGGAGGUCAGAACAGCAUUACAUGAGAUGGCGAGCAACAAAACGCCGGGGAAGGAUGGCUUACCAAAGGAAGUGUUUGAGCUGCACUGGGACAAGCUUGGGAAGCAUGUCAUGGAGCUGGUCCGGGAGUUCAGCCAGUCCUCUUCACUCCCUACCAGUGUUAAGGAUGCGGUGACGAUCCUUCUGCACAAAAAGGGAGCGAAGGAGCAGUUAGAGAACUACCGUCCCAUCACGCUGCUGAACAUCAGCUAUAAGCUACUGGCGCGAGUUCUGGCGAGCAGAAUUAAAAAGGUCCUGCACAGGGUGAUUUCACGGGAGCAGUUUGGCUUUAUCCCGGGAAGGCGCAUCUCGGACGCGAUGGUCAUGAAGCGGAAGCUGGGUAUCUCCCUCACCAGCUGCGUCGGGCAGAAGCUGUCAUAUGUCGGUUAUGCUGACGAUACAACUCUCCUUCUGCAAGGGAAGCAACAAAUUGGCAGGGCGGAAGAGGAGUUGGAGAAGUUUAAGAAUAUUUCCGGCCUGGAGAUGAACGUGGACAAGUCAGUGGUGAUGCCCUUAGGGGCUAACCUGGGGAAAAAGUCUUGGCGCUCGGAUGGUUUCCGCUGGGCGGAGAAAGAUGAAGCGGAAAGGCUCCUAGGGGUUUGGAUUACGCCGAGCGGAAGCUGCCAGCCGACAUGGGAUAAGGCGCUGCAGAAGAUGGUUGCGAAGAUGUCGUUAUGGCAGCCGCAAUAUCUCCCGAUUAAGGCUCGGACGGCGGUGAUGGACGGCUACAUACUGCCGAUCGCAUGGUCGCAGGCGCAGGUCUAUCCUCCUCCGGCGCAAACCUGGGGGGUCAUCACUAAGAUGACUCACAACUUCAUAAGCGAUGCUUACCUGUCUGACGGCUCGGAGGAUAGCGUUGACGCUCACGGAAACAAAUCAGCUGAAGAGAGCAUUGAUGCGGCAAGCGGCUCACCUACCACGGGGGCUGGAGACUUUCGUGGCACAUGUGAAGCUACUUAA